AUGGUCCCCGCAGCCUGGUGUGCGUUGGCAGUUCUCCGGUACCUGAUUCUCUCGCGGUAGAUGCUCUUACGCUCCCGCUGAGUAUACUGGUCGUUUUCAUGGCUGCCCAGUCAUCCACGUCCUUUCUGUUGUUGCUGUUGGUCAAAAUCUGGGUCAAGUGUUUAUUGUGCAUCAGGGGGUGUGGAUUGGAUCGCCGAGGUACGGGCCCAACUUCGCCUGCAGUCUCUUCGGCACUGUCUUGGCACCUGAUACGUGUUGGGAGGAGGAGGGAGUGCGGUAGAGGCAGCGCAAGUUUACUUUCGCCAUAAAAUAAUUCAUGAGCAAGUCGUCUUGCCUGUCCCACCCUGCUAUGAAACAUACGGUGGACAUCGUUGUAUGCGACGGUCGGACUAUCAUCAUCACCGAUCGUUCUUACGGAACUCACUCGUUCCGUUGUGCAUUACGGGCUCUCUUUCUGUCGAGCUCAACCGCAUGAUAUGGGCAGAAAGUCAAAGACAGGGGAGACUGAAAUAGUCAUUUCUGUUUUAUUAUCCGUCGUCAGCCGGUCAUACCGUAAGGCACAACAGAACGAUCGGUGGGCGUCCCUCAACCAUUGUAUACCCGCGAUCAAAGUCAACAGGACAACGAGCCCGUGGCCCAGUGUUUAGAGGCGUUAGACUUCUAACCAACAGGUCGCGAGUUCGAGGCUCGGGUGUUCCAUACUUCGGGGAUUGGGCGACUGGCUGACGACGACCAAUAAGCCAGAAAUGACCAUUUCAAUCUCCCUUGUCUUUGUCGGUAAUAACAUCCUAUCAUCAUCUACGUAAGACGAGCUUAUCACUUCCACGUAAUGUGAGUGCCAUUGAGGUCAAACUAUGAAGGAGUCUUUGCAGCCUGCCUCAGAUAACCGGUAGGCAACUCAACUUAAACACAUACUGGGUCGACUGCGAGGUCCAAGUUAUCCGUCAGUUGGCAGCCUUCCAAGCCACAUCAGAACGUCAGAACAUACGUUCGAGCAAACAGUCAGUAAAUGACCUGUCGGAAACGAGAACUCGCUUUUCCACAACCGGCAUUCACUGCUCGCCGCCAUGGUGUAACCCCUAGCUGGAGCAACCAACACAGAUCGCUUCCUGGCUGCUCAGAUUUAAUUUAGCAGACACCCUCAGGGUGCCGACUUUGUGCGUCCACACCAUGCGCCAAAUGACUAGAGUUCGUGCAGUGUUGCCGUCCUAACUGCCUGGUUGGCUACUUUCAGACACCUUGACCUACUUAGGGCCACGCCAGGUCCGUCGGUCGUCGUGGUAUAUCUGCACGCCACUGCUGCGGAGACCGUGAUCAGUGCAGGCGAACUGUCAGCACAUUGUCUGUGUCCUGUGAGGACGUUGGGCUGUUGCUCUUCCCACCCCUCCUCCACCCCCAGGCCUGCUUUCAACACCCUCCUUAAGCAAGUCACGUACACUGCACGCAUCAGCCUUGAGUUUGUUGGAGUGUAAAUACAGAAAAUGGCUUUACCCUGGUCGAAGUCUUCCGUUAUAACGACUCAUCCACGACAUUUCCACUGAUCUGAGGGCGAGAAAGAGAGCACGCUGAUAGGUCUUUGUCUUUUCCAUUGUCUCAUCUGUCUUUCGGCGCUUGUUUGGCCUUCCGGAAACGCUUCUUACUACUGUUAUUAUCAUUAUUAGUAUUAUUAUUUGAGUCAGCCUUAUUGUACCCCCCCUCCUUCAUGUCUGCGUCUAGGUCCAAGGACGUAUCCCUGCAACUCAUGCCGAAAGUCCUUCACCAAGAACUGUAAUCUUAACUCGCACAUCAAAGCCGUUCACAGAGGUGAGUCGUCAUCUUUAAACCUCGUUUAGCAUGAGAAGAGAUUUUGCUGAGCGCGUUAGACCCGUAAAUUAAAACGCCCAACAUUUUGGGUACUCUGGACUGAUUAUCUGCCGUAACGUCUCAUUAGCGAACCAGAGGCCCCUCCCCCUCUCUCCCCUCCCAAUCCCGUUGUGUCAAUUUCAGGCUAGUCGCCAACGCACUAGUGUCCCGAACCCACAGAAACUGCCGACAUGGGCGAAAUCUGGAACUGGAAUUUGAUUCACCUGACGUCUUCUAUACUCUUUUACGCCCAUCCUUAAAGGGAGAAAGAAAACAGCGAAUUAAGAUAGUGCGACACAUCGGGCUGCAGUAUUGAUAAGAUCCAGCUUCUAUGCAUCCAUUGUAGAUGGUCCUUGUUGGUGCGGUGGUUGCUUUUUUACCGUAGUCGAUCUUUCGUGGUUGGUAUUGUUUAUUUGAAAGUUAAAUAUGCGGGGGAGGUCAUAGUGCUUGUCAAUGGACUGCGAUCCGAAAAACCAUGACCUAAGCAGCUCGCGGCUUACGCGAUUCUAGUCUUUCGCGACAAUUUCGACCUCGUCGAACUUGAAGACCUGAUUGAACUCCAUCGGACAGCAAUUACGAUUUGAGAGUUACAAUCAUUAUUCCUUACUGCUUAUGCAUGUUCGACCAUCCGUGUCAACAGCUGUCAUCCCGUUUCUAGGUCACACCGUUAGGAUGACGAAUAAGUACUUGCCAAAAUGAUGCUUGUAGGAGGACGUCCCAUCAGCGAACCCGGAACCUCCCGCGGGCGAGAGAGAGAUAGAGGGAGAUGGAGAGAUAGAGAGAGUAUGUGGUGGAAGAGAGAGAGCAGCCAAUUAAGAUAGCGCGACACAUCGGGCUGUAGUAUUGAUAAGAUCCAGCUUCUAUGCAUCCAUUGUAGAUAGUCCUUGUUCGUGCAGUGAUUGCCUUUUUUGCUCUAGUCGACCAUUCGUAGUCGGUAUUGUUUAUUUGAAAGCUAAAUAUGCGGGGGGAGGUCAUAGCGCCUAUUGAUGGACUGCGAUCCGGUGAAACAUGACUCAAGUAGUUCGCGGCUUACGCGAUUGUAGUCUUUUGCGAGGACUUCGACCUCGUUGAACUUGAAGAUGUGAUUGGAUUCCAUCGGUCCGCAAUUGCGAUUUGGGAGUUAGCUUCACUACUGCUUAUGCAUGUUCAACCAUCCCCGCCGUGCUAUAUUAUUUGACUGGUGACUGCAAAACUGGUCUUCCCAGUCGGGAUGGUUAUUUUGGCGAACCGUUUGUUGUGGUAGUUCUACUUGACAACGCGGCCGUACUGGUUGACUGAGUACACUCCACUGCUUGGUCUUCUGCACUUUGCUUCCCCGCCUGCCAGCACACUCAUGACGCGUCCUUUUAGACGCCGGCAAAAAAGUGCAGACAUCACGAGUGAACACAGCAGCAACAAAACCGCUGCUCAGCCUAGAUGGCGAAUGUCUACGCAGGGCACACUCAACGCCAAUUUUGUCGGCACUGAACUCCUGAGGUGGCCGACGAAGAACGUCCCCGAACCACGUCAGUUGUCUUUUUUGGAUAGCCUGGGUUGUUUUUGCGAUGUCGUCAAAGCGAGACGAAGUCUGCCUACUUCACUCGGAAGAUGGUCCUCAAGCAGUGGUGGUGAAAUACCUCCAGUUUUCGCCCGUCCUCCACGUGCAGACCCUAGCAUUCAAAACCGUAAAGGAGGACAGACCGGACGGAUUCAUGGCACACGCGAAUCAUAGUGGCGAUGGAGAUUUCGCGUCGGAUCCAUAGGGAGUUCCUAAGGCUUGAGAGAACCCGGUGGGUAGCAUCAACUCGGGAGACAAUGCUGUCCUUACUCUGCCCAUUCGGCCGCAGUCGCACAUUGAGGUAUUUAAAACCGUCCACUUUUUCAAGAUGGCAGCUAUGCGCCGUUUAACGGGCGAUCCUGCGCUUCCACCUCUGACGUCUGAGGGGGAAGGUCAGUUCCCAGAUCGAAUUAACUAGCGAUCUUGUCAUAGCAAACCGACUUUUCAGAGAGGAUCCCGCAAGUAGGGUAGUCUCCAAAGCUCCCUCUUCAGCAGUUCUGAGUGCUGACUUGCUACACUUGUGUCCAAUAGUUUGCGUGGUUGCCCACGCAUCCUCAUUAGCUGGGUUCUGGUUCUAAGGUAAGAAAUCGAUGUCGUCAGUUGGUACCACUCUAACCGGCCCCUUCUCUGUGCUGUCUGUCCACAGGUGAAAAGGCCUUUCAGUGUCCGGACUGCCUCAAGAGUUUCUCCCGAAAUUCGGAUCUUCAGAAGCACAUUGAUGCUGUCCACAAGGGUAUGCUACGCCCACCUUCUCCUAGCUGCUCCUCUAAUCUCGUUUCUUCCUCCUUGUCUAGGCCUGAGGCCCUACAAGUGCUCCAUUUGUCAAAAGCUCUUCUCGCAGAAGUCCAGUCUCAAACGCCACGUGGAGGCUGUACAUGAAGGUGAGUGCCGCGGAAGACCUCACACCCCUCUACAGUCACCUUGAAUUUGCCUCACCAUCGGAGCACGGUGAGUGUGGAAAGAGGGAGUGAGGCAGAUGCGGUGCAAGCCUGCACAACUGUGCUCACCUCGUGGGACAGUGGAAGACCUCGUCGCAUCUUGCGGUCGUUAGUGCUUUGGAGCUGAACAUGAAAGACAACAUAGGAAGGAUAGCCCAGAUCAUCUAAAAAAGACGACUGGUUACUUUAGCAGGGUUGUAGUACUAAUUACUAUGUCACAGAAUGUUUAGAUAUUCCAGUAACGUCAGCAAAUAUAUUCGACCAAAAACAUACAUAAAAAUAUUACUAUUCUACCCACUUUGUAGCAGAUUAUAAAUUCUUUAAGGCUUUCGGUUUCAAAAACUUUCUCAAUUCCUGAGUAAUUUUGAACCCGAUCUGUCUUCACACUUGCAUUGGAGGUUUCUGAACUAUAGGGCUCAGUAAGUUUUGCGAUGAAUGCUGGCCGCGUUGUCCACUUUAUAAGCUGCAUUAAUAAAUGUGUGAUGCGAUGCUGUAACAUUGGAUAUUUCACGGUUUCGAAGAACUUUAUAAUUAGAAACUUUUCAAAUCGAAAGACACACUUUUCCCAAGUAUACUAUUUGAAGAAGACGUAAUUUGCUAUCAAAUGGCUAAAAUAAUGUUUUAUGCGUUUUUUCUAUAAAAUACGAUUGAAUAUAUAGAGGCAUCGAAAAUGGAUGGGAAAAAUCCAUACAAAAUAAGUAGUAGUUUCUUACAGAGUUUUACUUGCGCGGGCGGUCAUGGAAUAUCUUGUCUGCUGGGCAAAAAGCCACAGAUUGUGGAACGCUGGGUUUUGUUUUCCGUCGAAGGGUGGUAUUAUAUCCAAAUGCAUUGUCUCCUGACCUGCCCUGUCUGUUGACGGUUCCCUGAACAGUGGACCAAAACGAAUUUUGUUUUCCUGAUAAUUUCUCAGUGUUUUGAGGAGGAUCCGCCUCGGUGGUUGCGCGCAAAAGGUCAUUCGAUGACGAUGGGCAUCUUAAGGGCCGAAAUCAUUCGAACGGAAUGUCGCGAACCAGCGCUUGCAUUUGAAGGUAACAGGGACAUUUGGAUAAACACCGCAGCUUGUCUCAGAAGCUGUUGUUGCGUUCUUUCGUUUGCGAAAUUCAUACAGCAUACGAUGACGAACACGACUGGCCCCCCAUUGUUUUGUCUCCCAUUUUGUAAGGCCGAAUUUAAAAAAACGAAAUUUAUAUUUGAAAAAGAAACCUGACCGAUUCACAAUUACACGCCAGUCUGAAGGCCGUGGCUGACAAUGUCAACCGCGUGCUUCACAGCAGGGUGAAAGCAGACACGACGACUUGCGACUGAUUUACAGUGGGAUUGGACUUGCGCAGCGUCUACCGCACUCUCCUCCCCCACCUGGGUCCGGUCGGAGGUGAGUAUCGUACGGCGUCAAACAGUAUUUAUAGUGGGGGGAUGUAUGAAAGUCAUGUUAACACGGUGUUAAUUAUACGGGGGAGGGGGGAGUGGUUAUUCGGCUUUGGCGCGAAUUGCCUGCAUACGCACGGGGGUGCUUUCUGUAGUCGCCGGGGCAGAGCGGGAGGGAGGGUGACUGCUGUGGCCUGUUUUACGGGCGCGAGUCACAAGGACGCAGUUCAAAUGGAAUAGAUAAACACUUAUUUACGUUUGAGUUAAAACCGCCAAAGAGGGUAUAACCUUGCGAUACCCCUAUCACGUCUAGAUUGACAAGCCCAUCUCAAAUCAUCGGAAAUGGUUUGUGCUACAGUGGUAGCCAUUUUCAGACGAGUAGAGUUUUCGCAGGUGCUUGGGAAUUGCACCUCAAAAGAGUAAACAUGCUGAUAUGAAUUAUGUUGCAGACUAAUGAAUACUGCAACCAUACUUAAGUAAUCUUAUCCAACCCCGAAUGCUGUUUCGAAAUUUCAGUUAAUGCUUCAUGAGUUAUUUUACGUACUGUUUGUAUAUUCACCAGGUGCUAGACUCUAGUCUGAUAUCUUUGAAGAUUCAUUGCCUUCAGAUGGUCAACAGAGUAGCUCUCGUGCGUUCAUUUCUCCUCUGCUGACUGCCUUCUCAUUAUCAUCCGGUUUCGGACAGGUAUAAAGGCCUUCCAGUGCCUCCACUGUGAGUCACGCUUCUCCUACGACAUCCACCUCAAACGACAUAUGCGCUCCAAACACAACGUUGCCAGCCUGCAGGCCAAUCCGCUCCUCCAACAGGCCGCCGUCUAUUCCCAGGCUUCCACCACGUGACCCGGCUUGGUCGUGUCAUCGUCAUCAUCGUUAUCAGCAUCACCUCAGGUGGACCUCCAGGGCACCGCUCUCUUACGGGAGUGCAGGCCACGUGGGGGUCCCUUUCCUCUCAGGUUCUGCGAUGGUCCCGAUUGUGCGCCUCGCAUUUUGUUUUCAGGAAUGUAGUAUAUAUAUAUAUAUAUAUAUAUAUAUAUAUAUAUACACCUUCUACAAGUACAACGCAUAAGCGCACCAUUAGACUUGAAUUGGUCGUUUUACUAUCAAGCUCCUUGUUACCUCACUCCUCUCCGUCGCUCAGGUUUUUUUAUGGCGAGUUUUCUCCGCCUCCCUUCCUCCACCCCUCCCUGUCUAUCUGCACACCCUUUUAUCUCAGGACUAAACGUGUGUACCUCAGUACUCAGCGUCCUUUAUGGUCGCCGGGUUUAUUUUUUGCGAUCUUCCAACUUGCUCAGUAUUUGUGUCGUCGUCCUUGGGCUUUUUAACCGUCUUCUCCUUGCUUCUCCUUUCUCGUUUUGUAAACUCGACUUUUUUCGAAUUGGCGGUUCUAAGCAUUUGUGGUCUUGUGUGUUGGUGCAGAACACGCACACACACACUCACUAACAUAGACGCGUACGCACACCUAUAUGCACAUGUGAUUUUAUACGUUUUGGCAGUUUUUUGGUGUUCUUUCCCGGCAGGUCUCUUUUUAAUGCGUUUGUGAACAGUUUUACUCCUAUCUUUUCAAUGCACUAAUGGACAAAGUGUGAGCUUCUGCUUUAGUAGUAUUUCGACCGUAGCCUCCCGGUUAUCGGUUUGGCAGGAUCCAAACACAGUUUGGGCAUAACGUCUGACAGCCCGUGAGAAUGGGACUACUGGGCGAUUCCGUCGUGUUUUUGGGUCCAGGUACCGUCAGCCAAUAAUUGAAGAGAUUUAGCGACAGAGUUUGUUUCUGGCCCACUCAUCGUCAUCGCAUCCCAGGCCGAGCUCCUGAUUGGUUGUAGUGACUGAAGCUGCUUCAUUGGCUCCAGUUGGUUGAUUAGGUUCUUGUAGAUCGCUCGGAAGGCGUCCUUAAGGUCCACACAAUGAUCGGAAUCAGCGCCGCCUUGGCGCCAUGAUGUCAGCAGUUCGUUUGACAUUUCGAAUAGGCGCCCACAAGUGUGAUCAAUAUAAUCUGAUGCAAGUGAGGGAGUAAUGCUCAAGUUGAGUUGAGUGGUAAGAGGGGAGAACAGUGUCGGACGUGGGGACGUUCAUUUUUGGACAACUGUCUCGGUCGUGGGAGAGUGUGCUCUUAACGGAAGUUUGUUUGGGUUUUGGAUUUCACGCUGACCAGACAUCCGCGCAUAUCUCAUGCUUUUGUGUACGGACGAUUUCCUCUUUCCACCGAACGCAUAGGACAACGCAAGGGCAGCUUUUCCCUCUACAAGCGCUGUCCCGAAUUAUUGCAGAGGUCAGAUUGGGCGUUCGCUUUUCGGACGGAGUAAGCAGGUCAGCGUGGGUUUAGUCCCGCCUCUCUGGUUAAGGGGAUGCUUUUCAGCUGGCGCUUGGAGAUCAUGUUUCGUUUUUAUCGGUGAGGCUGUGUGGUGGUGGUUUGCAGGCUGGCUUAGGGUUCGGACUUCGAUACCGACCUAGCUGCCCCGGGCCACACACACUUGGUCCCAAUGGAGUGUCUGAAGGCUGAUUUUGAGGGGCGUGGCCGACCAGCUUUUGUCUGCCUAGCCCUACAGACUCUUGACAUACUUUCAGGCCCUAUGGCUGGGCGACCUCCAAUGCGCCCCUCCCGGUGAACGCUUCCUUUUCUGUUGACUUAGAGGCUAUUUCGUUCCGUGUCAAUGGUCCGUUUGAUGACAUAACGCAUAGCUUUGAGAAAUGUUUAUUUUCUAGUCCUAGUUGGCGUGUCAGAACUACUUCAAUGGCCGAAGUAGGCCAUUUAUACGCAGGACACAGCCAUACUCAGCCCGAGGUUUUGCAAUUUCACAGGCUUGGGCCCAUGUUCAGCUGGUUAGAAGUCUAGUGCCUUUGCUACUGAGUCCCGGGAUCGUUGUCCUGUAGCAUAAUUUGGAAGGCAGGCAUUCCAAGAAAAGUAAUCUGAGGUCACCUACGUUCCUUGCCAGAGAAACAGUGUUUGGUAAAUUUUCGGCAGCAGUACCCAGGUUAUCGUCAGAUGUUGAGUAAAUGCGCGAAAGGCAGCUGACAUUUUGUACGUUUCGAUACUUGUUCGGAAUGUACGUCAAUGGAAUCGGGCGCAGCCAUUGGCAAUGCUAAGCAAGUCGUCUACGUGUGCCACACACACUUGGUCCGCGCAAAAUGGUCCGGGUUUUUUUGGUCAACGGGGGAGGGGAGGGUUGGCUCGGAUCUCACGUGCGUAUGAGUUCUAAAGUGCAACAUUAAUUGAGGCCACGCAGUCAGUCUCACUGUUCACCAGCUUGUCACCCAGCAUACGUUCACAGUACUGACCACCCGGAAGGAGUUAGCCUCUCCAAUGCACCAGUCGACUGUCCGUCCCCGUCAACUAGCUGGUGACAGGAUUGGGCACAAUUAUUGACGGAUAUGCGCUAAUUCAUUUGACGUAAUUUAGAGAAACUCGGCGGCUUCGUUGGCAUUUGAACCCAAGACAGUUGGGGCAGGGCCCGAAUACAGUCAACCAUCCAACCAUCUGAUCUACAAAGCUUCACCGUCUACGCGUGCCACACACGAUCUACGGACUAAGCCACCCAUCAGGGUGUUGCAGUGGCUAUGGAGGUCUUUUUAUGCCCUUCCAUGUGUGAGACAGUGAGGAAAGGGCGAAAAAUGGUGAUAGAAUUUGGACUACGACGAUUUUCAGACGUGGUGAAGCACGCCACAUUGAGGGUGCAUUGGGUCAGGGGAGGCUGAUCCGCACGCCGAAUGUCCUUUGACAUCUUCGACAUAAAAAAGGAGGUUAGCAGUUGAAAGCGUUGCUCUGCGAGAUCUGAGAUUUCCAUUGGCAGUUGGUUUCGUGGAUUGCUGCUCCAGUCUCCACUGUCGUUUUUCAGAGCGGUUCAUCCUCUCGCGUAUUCUUGUGAAAAGUUUUCAACGCCCUUUUAACGUCUUUUCUGUUCUUCCAUGGCGACAUCGCCGUUAUGUAGGUGCUCAUCGUCCAACUUCACGAUGUGGCCACUAAGCCGUAGUUGGAUUUGACUCGGCAUAGUGUGGAUACUGAGGACUCCUAUUCCUUUGAGAGCCCUCGUGUGGGAGAUCCUCUCCUGCCGCCUCGGCUUCAGUAUUUUCCAGAGGCUGCUGACGUGGACUUGGUUGAGCUUACUCACCUGGUACUCGUUCACUGUCCAGUUUGCUGCUCUCGUACAGCAACGUUGUCAGGGUGACGACUCAGCGCAUCUUAGGUUUCGCGUUGAGUCAGAGUCUUGAGUCCUGAAUCGACCACCUGACUGGCUUUCGAGAUCCGGUCGUCUGGAUAUAGGGCACGCGAAUGCAUGCCUGUCUGGCUGUGUAAAAAAAGAAAAUCGAUGGAUUUAUAGUUUAAUCCUCACACAUUUAAUCGAUACUAACCAGCAGCUUGACGCCAAAGAGGCCUUUCAGGGAAUCUACCGGGCACCAACACAUUACUUUAUAAGCCUAGACAAACGCAUGAUAGCAACAGCCGAGGCAGUGGCCAUUCUAUUGGCGAAUCCAACGCUCUGUUGUCGGAAGACGUUGACACAGGUAAUCCGUCUUCUCUGACCGACCCUAGAUGGUGAUCGCACGCCGCCUCGACGUCCUAACCUGAACCAUUCCCUUUCCCCCCCCCCUCCACGCCUCAGCCUCACCGUUAUGCAGAGGACGUGGGAGCAAGUACGUUGACCAACCCUGCCCCCUGAGAAACAUCUAAAUCCUGUCUAUAACUCACAAGUACAUUACCCCUGAAAUAGUAUUGGUCUGACGACGAAUUACGGAAAACAGAUGUUUACCACCUGGCUUUCCAAUUUGGCACUUUAUUCAAGCAUGAUUCCCGUUCAACAAGACUUUGCAGCGAUGUUCUUUCCGCUCUCUUGUAACCUUAAUGAAAUAAAUCCGCAUUGAAUUGAAGUAAAUUAGAUUUUAAUCAAUUCAGUCGUGUCAGUGACCAAAUGCUCAAUACUGUCGACAAGUUUCUGUUUUUUCUUAGCGGGAUUCAGGCCCACCGGAAUGUAAUGUAAUCGUCUAUUACGUCCAAUAAUGGAGGUAGACAGCUGCGUAUGGACGAUUUCAUUAAAAAAUUUCGGCUGAGUAAGUUGAUGCGAUUGAUUUGGUUUUGAGUACGGUGGUAGUGUUGUGGAUAGGUCGGUAUGCUUAAGCGUUUUGGUGAAACUGGUAGAAAUCCAUUCAAAAUCUGUUCACAGUAGGGCCACCUUGCUGUACGCCCAAACUCUAUCGUUUAACUUGCUACGGAACCGGGGUUGAAAAGUGAGGCCAUAACAUCGACGGAGUGUCCCUCAUCUCUCUUUCACGGCCCUAGGUAAACAGUGUGAUCUGCCAAGCUCUGAACCCGCUGGGCACAGUAACAAGAGAAUUCAGUCACACUGGGAUGCCGGCUUUCGAAUGAGCUCCUUAUCAGCCGUCUGCGUAAAUCCUUUUCCAAAAAAAUGACUUCUCAUAUAAGUUGCAUGAAUGUUUUCGUUGAUUUUCGAUGCGCCUAUAAAAAUGGAAGUGUAUUUCAUAGAUAAAAUGCAUAAAACAUUCUUGUCUGAACCUUCAAAAAAUAUCGUCUCAUUCAAAUUUCCUUCUUGAAGAAAAAGUUCCUUCGAUUUAAAAAAUUACAAUGAUAAGCUUUUUAAGACCGUAGAAUGCCCACCCGUACCGUAUUUGUCAAUACUGCCUAUAAAUUGGACGACCUAGUCUAUAUUUAUCAUAAAAUUGUAUGAGACCUGGAUGCCCGACUUUCUUCGCAAAACGAGCAUACAGCUUGUAGUUCGUAAGUCCUAAAUGCAAGCGAAACGGUGAAUCUGGUCCAACUUUAUGAAGGAGCUGAGAAAAUUUUCUAAAACUGUAAAAAACUGUUUUCCUGAGUAUGAAUUUCAAGAAUACGUAAUUUGCUACCAGAUGACUCGAGAAAAGAUGCUUUAUGCAAUUCUUCUGUAAAAUAUGUUUGCAUUUAUGAAGGCGUCUAAAAUUGAUGAGAAAUGUUCAUGCUUCUUCAGUAGUCAUUUGUGCAGAGUGUAGUUUGCGCAGGCGGUCGAUAAGGAAUUCGUUUUCUCGAUGUCCGAUUGCAAUUCACGCCCAACCAAUGAAACGCAUCUUCGAGACGCACUCUUCAAGUUGCCUUCGGCCCAAGGUCAGCGCAGGUGCGGACGACGGGCUGUCACCCUAACAGCGGCGGUCUGUCGGGGCCGGGCGUGGACCUUAACGCCGAUGAACACGCUGGGGAUAAUUACGCUACGGAGGACCGACUUCGCUGUCAUUCACAUUGCCGCCCGAUAUCUAUUCCGACUGGUGUGGCCACUGCAGUGACUCUCAGCCCCCAGUGGCCGCGACGUCUAGACAGGAUGACGCCUGUUCACAAAGUUGGGCGUGAGAUGUCAGCAGAUUCUGUGAUGACGGAAGCCUGUCUGCAUUUGAAACGACAGGUACAGCCGUUUUCUGCGAGAGCCCCUUUUGCAGUUAGGGAAGCUACACACCGCUCAAGACCGUUGAAUGCUAAUAUUCGAAGGCGAGUUGAGUGACGGUUUAGUUUGUCCAGUGUCUCAACUAAAAUCAUUAAAGAUUCCUGGAGUAAUCAGUCCGACUGAAUGUUCAGCCGCGAAUCAUCCGGACGGUCCCUCAGAGUACGAAAACUUGAGAUACUGGCGGUCACUGAAGAUUGACAUUAUAAAGAAGAAACGUCUUUGAUUUAUUUCCUCUCCCUCUUUACUGUCUUUUGUUCUUCUUUUCUGAUUCGCAGACUUGCAAAAUAAAUGUUUGGCUGGAGUCCUACGAGGAAUUUCCAGGAGAAUCUCUCUUUUGAUUUCCAAGAGAAUGGCUAUUUCACUAUUCACAGAUCAAAGGCCCUCACCGUCAGAGUUUGUAGAUCAGGGCAAACCGCGGUUCCCUUUCUCUCUCUAGCAGAGAGUGAGAGAGAACAGAACGGAUAUCGAGCAAGUCAGUGGAGUUACUUCGGGGUACCUAUUUUUGGAACAGUUGCGCCGUCGACGACGAUGAUGAUGAUCAUGAUGAUGAUGAUGACGACGACGAUGAUGAUGAUGAUGGGUCGGAUGUGGUUAUGUAAGCCCACCUGAAGUGAACAAACCCCAGCCAUUAGCAAUUCGGGCCGGUGGUAAUAGAACUGUUUACAUGUGGGGUUGGGGGACGCAAAAGUGGCGAUUUCAAGUGGUUGUAUGCAAAAGGAAAACUAUUGCGAAUGCGCGGUUGUACUUUGAGUAGUUUGGAAAUAGAUGUCCUAACCACUAAACCUAACCCUAACACCUAACCUUAGCCCAUUACCCUAACCUCCAUCCCUAAACCCCUAACCAUAACCUCCAACCCUAACCCAAACUGUGUCGUGUCCGUCAGGGGGGUUUUACAUAACCACAUCUUACCUGGUGAUGUUCGGUUGAAACCGUCAUGAAGCAGUUUGUCCAGGACUUAGCGUAUCGCCUCGCGUCACUUCCUCGCAGUUUCGAGAGGAUUGACCAUGCAGGGUCUUCUUUCCCCUCCAAGAGAACUGCACGUAGCACCUGUCAAAGAGGGUUGUGAUGAAAGCGGAUGGAAGGUGGUGGUUCUUGGUGAAGUCGGUUAUUUGUCCGUUAUUGUAAUUGUUGUUUUGGUUACCACUGAGACAUGAGAGUAGCAUUUUCGCACCUGGAAGAACAUAUUAGUCCAGCUCCGUCUUCGUGCCGAGACUCAGAGGCCGCCCGGACGAUCACGCGGGGAUAAACGGUCGGUAACGGGGACGAGUUGUUGUCCUAACAAGGUCACCAGUCUGGUUCAGAUCCAAGGUGUCUGAAUGGUAAUCUCGGAUUCAGCUGUGCAUUGGCUGCCAUAUACGUAUGUUCAGACUUUAUCAGUUUAGCUUCUCCAACGGCUCAGUAUUUAGUCCUGCUCACUGCUAGACCGGUUGUCAAAUCCCUAACGCACGAUGAAGGAAAUUACUCCAGGCCACAGUAGUCUGCCCAAAAACCUCCUGGUUUAGCGAUCCUGAACUACGGUUGACGUUUUUUCCUGAAGUCUGAGUGAAUUAAGUGCGGGCUACUGAUUACAGUUACUGACAGUAGAAAGUUCGUUGCCCAUGCAAACCUUCAUUUUCCGCGCCAAUGUGUUUGGCUUAUCAGCCCAGCUUUUAGAUUCUCUCUUCAUAGCGCCAUCUAAGGGAAGCUUUGUAAUUAACCAGAUGUUAAGGCCAUUUGGGCGUAUUUGAACGGAAGGAGCUUUGACGCAAAAUCGGGGAUUCAGUUGUCCUGCUCUGUCUGGUGGGAAAGAUCUAUGUCCGUGAUCAGUUCUCCCAUUGCCUAUAGAUCACGAAAUAUGGCAGCAAACAUCCUUUUAAUUAGAGUUACGCCAGUGAUUCGUUGUGCAGUGGCCUAAAACGAGUAUUUCAAUGACCUUUCGCUAGUUCUUGGAUGGAAGAGGAAGCAAUGGCUUAUUCUUGGAACAUUUAUUUCGGGACGGCUUGAGUGCACGAUCAUGGCCGUCAUGGACAUUGUUUGUGUAAUGAAGUCAAGGAGUGAAGAUGGGCUGCGUACUCUUCCCUACCCUCGUUAGCCUCGUAUUUUCUACCAGAAUGGUGGGCGCCUACCGUAAUGAGUGCCAAGGACCACGUGGCCUACAAGACCGAAGGACAUCCUCUCAACAACUGGUGCAUUCAGGCCCCAACGCGUCCCCGCAGCAACUGUCCCCGACCUGCUCUUCGCGGAUGACUGCACGUUCAGCACCAUGUUGGAAGCUGAUAUGCAAAGGAACAUGGACCUCGGCGUCUCCGGUUAUACCAGCUUCAGAUUCAUUGACGACACGGACAAAACGUCGGUCAUGCCUCAACUGCCACCGAAGGCUGCACACAAUUUUCCUCGUAUCAACGUCAACACGCUGAGAUGA